AUGUUCUACAAAGACAUUUUGCUGCCCGAGGACCCCUUUCUCAUCACGGCAGAGUGCAUCGAUGAAUUCGACAAAGAGAACGGAGUCCUGGUUCUUCACGCUCGAGGGCACGAGCACAAUGCAACAUCACCCCCAGUCAGCCGCAUCAACUUUGACGGAGUUGUCAUCGAGAACAAGGAUAAAGACGCUGUCACUGUUGGUCAAGUCUUUGAGGAACUUAUUCGUCGAAACGUCAGGCAGCACGAGGACAGGGAAUAG